AGACAUUCAUUAUGAAUAAUUCUAUUAAACACAUAUUGACUCCUCCUUAUCACCCGCAGAGUAACAGGGCAGCGGAAAAUAUGGUUGGUAUUUUCAAGGACAAAAUAAAAAAAAUUUUAGAUAAUGAAAAUAAUGUCAUACAGGCAUCAUGUAAAUUUUUAUUAGAUUACAGAAACACUGUUCAUUGUACCACUGGCAAAAGUCCAGCUGAAUUACACUUAAAUAGAAAAUUAAAAAAUAAAUUUGAUCUAAUUUUAAAUCAAUUCAAUAAUAAAACAAAAAUGAUUAUUCAGGAAAACGUGAAAGAUAAGGUCAGACUAAGUCAGGAAUAUCAGAAAAACAAUUAUAAAGCAGAUGAAACUGCAAGUCUACGCUCUUUACUUAAAAAAGAUACAACUUGGCUUUGGGAUGAAAAUUAUGAAACUAUUUUUAAAAAGCAAUGGAUUCGGGAAAAGAUCUUCAUAUUGCUUUAUUACAAUACAGAAAUACUCCAAAAGGUAAAUUGUGUUCUCCAGCACAACUGUUAAUGUCUAGAAAUCUAAGAACUAAAAUUCCUGUCACUAAUUCUUUUCUAAAACCUAAACUUGUUAACACUGAGGUAUAUAAAAAUUUAAUUUUUAAUAAGGAUCUCAAUACUACAGUGAAUAGACAGUCUGAGAUUAAUAGGUAUGGUAGAAAAAUCGUAAAACCUAAGAGAUAUUUGUAGUAUUUGUACUAUCAUUUAAUUAAUUAUUUAAAUUGUUAUUAUAUCUUACUAUUGUAUAUAUUAUAAUUGUUGUAUUUGUAUACUUGAUUGUUUAUAACAGAUUUAAAAAAAAAAAAAAAGAGCAUGUUACAUAACUGGUCAGACUGUUAUCAUUGUUGAUAAUAUACACUUUGUGUCUUGUGUAACUCAUAUAUACUGUCUUAUGUAUAACUAUUAUUAAUUGUAAUAUCAUGUCUAAUUAAUAUAAUAUAAUUACUUUUUCAUUUGUUCACAUUUUAUUAUAGUCUAAAUAAACAAUAUUAUAACAUUACCCUUAUUGCCUUCCUAUAACAACAGCCUUUCGACACCCACAGAUAACCCGGAGUGUUAGCUGAGCACGGUGACUGCUGUACGACAACACGCACGUGAAUACCUAGACAGCAGGCACCACAUCCUCAUCUUCAUCUUCGUACACAUUACAUUCCACUUCCCACUUAUUGUGUUACGACAAAGUGGCGCCCAUCAAAGGUAACGUUUAUAUAUUACGUUA